GCUUUGGGUCAGGCACUUUUGAACAGCCGCUGGGCGUUCUCCUCGCCGCGGAACCUCCGCCGGGAGGGAGAUCCGUUCAUUCCCGUCCUAAAGUCGCUUUAGGGCUGCCUCUCUGCACGGCUCCCCGCUGGCAGAUGCAGGUCUUUGCCACCCUGGAAGAGGGCUCCGCUUCCCUUUGCCAGCCAGGAGUCCGCCUCCCUCCGUCCGAUUCACCCCGCAGCUUCCCAGCCAUCCCUUCUCCGGAGGAUGCCUUCCAAGCGCUUAGCCGGGCUGUGGUUUUGGCUUCUCUUGGAAAUACAGGUGAAGGGAUGUGUGGGUCAAACAGCUGAAGGAAGCCAACAUCUCCCGUUAUCCUCUUUGCAUUCAGAGUUGCUGCACUUCACAGAUAAUAAUGAAUAUGACAUUGUGACGGCAUAUGAAGUAGACCAAAAUGGAGAUUAUAUAACCCAUGCAAUUGCACACCACGAAAGAAGGAAGCGAUCAACUUCAGAGAGCUCAACUGAGUCAUUACAUCUCCAUCUCCAAGGAUUUGGCCAUGACUUCCAACUUGAUCUUAAGGCCUCCAAUUUUCUUGUGGCACCUGGAUUUACAGUACAAACUCUGGGCAAGGGGGGAACCAAGACGGUACAGACAUUCCCAUCUGAAGACUUUUGUUUUUAUCAAGGCGUUUUGCGAUCGCACAAAAACUCAACUGUAGCACUUUCAACCUGUGGAGGCUUGACAAUAAUCAGAUUUGUUCAUUCCUUGCUUUUUACUGACAGUGUUAGAACUAACUCACAACAGCUCUCUCUUCCUGUGAAGAAUGAUCCUGUGAUAACCAUGCCAAUACAUUGGGGGCAGAAAGAUAUGCCUCAGCCUCCAGGUGGAGACACCUACAUCUUGCCAGAUGAAUAUAAACCUCUGCUGAGAAACAAGCGGUCGCUUUUGAAAGCCCAUAAGACCAAAGAGUUCAAUGUUGAGACUUUGGUGGUGGUUGACAAAAAGAUGAUGCAAAACCACGGCUAUGAGAAUAUUACUACUUAUGUUCUAACUGUACUUAAUAUGGUUUCUGCUUUGUUCCGAGAUGGAACAAUUGGAGGUAAUAUCAACAUUGCAGUUGUUGGCUUGAUACUUUUGGAAGAAGAGCAGCCAGGCCUUGUGAUUAAUCACCAUGCUGACCAUACCCUGAGUAGCUUUUGUCAGUGGCAGUCUGGGCUGAUGGGAAAGGAUGGUAGCCGCCACGACCAUGCGAUUUUACUAACUGGCUUUGACAUCUGUUCCUGGAAAAAUGAGCCUUGUGAUACUUUAGGAUUUGCACCAAUAAGUGGCAUGUGCAGUAAAUACCGCAGCUGCACUAUUAAUGAAGAUACUGGGCUUGGACUGGCUUUUACUAUUGCCCAUGAAUCUGGACAUAAGUAA